AUGGGGCAAAAAAUCAGGUUAGAAUCAAGAAAGAUGUGGAAGAUAGCCGCCCCUGCCAUCCUAACAGAAUUAACUCAAUUCACUAUCGGAUUGGUCACCGUUGCCUUUGUUGGCCAUUUGGGAGAGGCCGAACUCGCAGCCGUUGCUAUGGUACAAAAUGUGCUUGAAAGCUUCGUCUAUGGAAUAAUGCUCGGAAUGGGAAGUGCCCUAGAGACGCUUUGCGGUCAAGCUGUUGGCGCCGGGCGAACAAACAUACUGGGAAUUUUAUUGCAAAGAUCAUUGAUUAUCACAAUGAUCACAGCUUUGUUUCUAACCCCCAUUUAUGUGUUUACAUCGCCCUUGUUACAACUACUUGGUCAAAACAAGCAUAUUUCCCAACUAGCUGGGAAGUAUGCUGUCUGGGUGAUUCCUCAAUUGUUUGCUUAUUCCAUUAAUUCUCCUGUACAAAAAUUCCUGCAAGCACAAAGCAAAGUCUGGGUAAUGACUAUAAUAUCUCUAGUAGCACUGGGAAUUCAGGUUUUUUUGAAUUGGGUACUUGUGACAAAGUUUGGGCUCGGCAUGAUUGGUGCUGCUAUAGCUGGAAAUUUAACAUGGUGGCUACUGGUUUUGGUUCAGAUAGUUUAUGUGGUCUCUGGAUAUUUCUCGGAAGCAUGGACUGGGUUAUCUUUGUCUGCAUUCCAAUCCUUAGCUGGCUUUGUGAAAUUGUCACUUUCCUCGGCUGUGAUGUUGUGCUUGGAACUUUGGUAUUACACUAUUGUGAUCCUAAUGGUAGGCUGGCUAAAGAAUCCAGAAAUUGCAGUGGAUGCCAUUUCAAUUUGCAUGAACUUGCAACAAUGGACCUUAAUGAUUGCUUUGGGUUUCAGUGCUGCAGUUAGUGUCCGAGUUUCCAAUGAACUUGGAGCAGGACGGCCAAUUGCAGCAAAAUUCUCGGUUGCAGUGACUGCUGUCACAUCUACUAUUUUUGGAAUAUUUUUCAUGGCUGUAGAUCUUAUAGCUAAGAGCUAUAUCCCCAAAAUUUUCACAAAAAACCCCGAGGUCAUAAGAGAGACAUCAAAGCUAAGUUAUUUUCUAGCAGCAACCAUUCUCCUCAACAGUAUCCAACCAGUUCUUCAUGGGGUUGGCAUAGGUGCAGGUUGGCAGUUUUCAAUUGCACUGAUAAACACCGGGUGCUACUAUAUUUUUGGCCUUCCUUUAGGUGCCUUGCUUGGUUACAGAUUCAAGCUUGGCAUUCAAGGCAUCUGGUCUGGAAUGAUUGCUGGUUGCCUGCUCCAAACAGUUAUUUUAUUGUCAAUUGUGUUUCGAACUAACUGGCAUAAAGAGGCAUUGCAAGCUUCGGAGCGUAUCCAAUCACAUGCCCACACAGUACCUCUGCCUCAAAAUGGAAACACAGAAAAUUAA